AUUAAUUUCUGUGACAAAGUACACAAUCAUACUUAUUCUUUCCCUAAUCCGAUAAAGUGGGUCGGAUUCACAGGCAAAGAUGCAUCGCUUUGUGCUUCUAAAGUUUCUCCACUGUGAAGUGCAACUUUAUACCCACAGUGACGAAUGUUCUUCUAAUCAUCCUCUUCCACAUAAGUAUUUAAAUGUCAUCGGGCAGUUGGUUACGUCCGUUUUGGUCCAUUGGGCUAUCUGUAUUAGGAAUGCCGGCAUCACCUUAGGGUGACUGGGGUACACGUGAGUGCACGAAAACAGAGUAGGACUUCAGAGUAGAGUAGGAUAACUCAUCUUUCCACCUGUAUAGCAUAAUGAUAAUAAUAGACGCUGAAAGGCCCACGGCUGGAAGAUUUGUCACGCUGAUGAGACCGAUACGCAGGACGGCGUCAUAAGCAAGCCGCUUUGCACGAUUUCUACGAUCCCAGUGGGUGCUCUAAGUGAGACCCGCACGAUUGUACCAUCUUCGCUGAUAUUGUGGUCU